UUCUUUUUGACAACUGGCGUCAGCGUGUUUCGACCUUUUCCGGUUUAAUCGUUCAACAUGGCAGUCGGUAAAAAUAAGGGUCUUUCCAAAGGUGGUAAGAAAGGUGGAAAGAAGAAGGUGGUAGAUCCAUUUUCACGCAAGGACUGGUACGAUGUUAAAGCUCCAAAUAUGUUUCAAACCCGUCAAAUCGGGAAGACUCUUGUGAACCGUACUCAGGGACAAAGAAUUGCCUCUGACUAUUUAAAAGGUCGCGUUUUCGAAGUGUCUUUGGCUGACUUGCAAAAGGACAUUGACCCAGAGAGGUCAUUCCGAAAAUUUCGUCUUAUUGCUGAAGAUGUUCAGGACCGCAAUGUUCUUUGCAACUUUCAUGGUAUGGAUCUGACUACAGAUAAAUAUAGAUCUAUGGUGAAAAAGUGGCAAACAUUAAUUGAAGCGAUAGUCGAAGCUAAAACUAUUGACGGAUACCUCUUACGGGUCUUCUGUAUUGGUUUUACUGCCAAGGAUCAACAGUCUCAGCGUAAAACUUGCUAUGCUCAACAGUCGCAGGUGCGCAAGAUUCGCGCUCGUAUGACUGAUAUUAUAACUAAUGAAGUCAGCGGUGCCGAUCUAAAGCAACUAGUUAACAAGCUUGCAUUAGACUCAAUAGCAAAAGAUAUAGAGAAAAGCUGUCAGCGCAUUUAUCCUUUACAUGAUGUUUACAUUCGUAAAGUCAAGGUAUUGAAGAAGCCACGUUUUGACGUCUCUAAACUUUUGGAGUUGCACGGCGAUGGAGGUGGAAAGUCAUCCGACCCUGUUGUGUCUACCGAAGGGGCUGUAAUUGAUCGCCCAGAAGGAUAUGAACCGCCAGUUCAAGAGGCCGUUUAAAAAAUGUGAAAUGGAUUUUUAAUGUAUUGCAUUCACAGAUAAUACAAAAUACACUCUGUGCUUUGUAGACCAUA